GAGAGGGCAGCCAGCUGUACUUGGUGAGCCAGCUGCAGCACACUGAUAAGCUGUUCUCGGAGUUCUGCUAGGCGGAAGUAGCAGUAAUAGCUGGUGGUUACAAGAUUAUGGGUCAUUGACGGGAAGCUGCAAGGAUAAACAGUGGAUCAGCAUGUUUGGUAAUGAGAGAACACAACAAAAGAGGUCUUGAAAAACCUCCAAGUUCAAGCUACCACCAAGAUGUUCACUAAACAAUGAGUGACUUUCUUAUGUCGGCAUUAAGCUGUCCACUGCUAACUGAGAGCUGGAGGUGGCAGGAGAAGCUUAGCUGCACCCUUCUGUCCUCCAAGUAAAUCUUCAUGUGUCUGACCAGGAUCCAUACUACAGAUUUAAUGAUGUGAUGUACAGAUGGAUCUCACUAGAUAACUGGACUUACAGCAGGACAUUCAAAACUCCUUUUGACAUCAGAAAGUGGCAGAAAGUGAAUUUGGUUUUUGAGGGAGUAGAUACAGUAGCACAGAUCCUGCUCAACAAUGUCACUCUCGGGAGAACAGACAACAUGUUCACCAGAUAUAGCUUUGAUAUUAGCAGUGUGAUCCAGGAGGUCAAUUGCGUUGAGGUCCGUUUCUUGUCAGCUGUUUCGUACGCAGCGGAGCAGAGCAGAUGUCACAAAGGACACAGCAUCCCCCCGGCGUGCCCUCCACCUGUGCAGAAAGGAGAGUGCCACGUUAAUUUCAUCAGAAAGGAGCAAUGCUCAUUUAGUUGGGAUUGGGGCCCUUCUUUUCCCACUCAAGGAAUCUGGAAAGAUGUUAGGAUUGAGGCCUAUAACAAUUAUCACCUGAUUUAUUUUUCUAUAACUCCUCUCUUUGUAAAGAGUGCUCAGCAGUGGUGUCUUGAAGUCGAGUCUAUUUUUGAUGUAGUCAGCUCCAAGCCAAUUGCAGGUCUUGUGACUGUGAACAUUCCCAGGUUACAAACGCAGCAGUCGUUCAGUGUGAAGCUUCAACCUGGAGAAGGCAGCAUUGUGCUGCAUGUAAACAUCAACAAGAGUGCUGCAGUGGAGGCUUGGUGGCCAAAUGGACAUGGAAAGCAAACUGGAUACAACAUGACAACAACUUUCAUGAUGGAGGCAGGAUGCCAGAUUGAGAAGUUUUCAAAGGUCUAUUUUCGGACAGUAGAACUUAUUCAGGAGCCUAUUCCUGGCUCACCAGGCCUGAGUUUCUACUUCAGAAUCAAUGGCCGACCCAUUUUUAUUAAGGGCUCAAACUGGAUUCCAGCAGAUUCUUUCCAGGACAGAGUGACCUCUGACACACUAAGGCUACUCUUGAAGUCUGCAGCAGAUGCUAACAUGAAUGCCCUUCGGGUUUGGGGAGGAGGAGUAUAUGAACAAGAUGAAUUUUACGAUAUUUGUGAUGAAAUAGGAAUAAUGAUUUGGCAGGAUUUCAUGUUCGCGUGUGCACUAUAUCCAACCAGCCAGAAUUUUUUAGAAUCCGUAAGAGCAGAAGUUACUCAUCAGGUGCGACGUUUAAAAUCUCAUCCAUCAAUUAUUCUGUGGAGUGGUAACAAUGAAAAUGAAGCAGCAAUUGCAAGCAACUGGUUCUCCAUACCUUAUCCUGACAUAGGAGUCUAUAUCAAAGACUAUGUGACCCUUUAUGUGAAGAACAUACGUGAAAUAGUUCUUCGUGAAGAUAAGAGUCGUCCUUUUGUGACAUCCAGUCCCACCAAUGGCUUGGAGUCAGUCAAAGAAGGCUGGCUCUCCCGGAAUCCUUACGACACCCAUUAUGGUGACACACACUUCUAUGACUACAGCCGUGACUGCUGGAACUGGACAAUGUAUCCUAAAACUCGUUUUGCUUCAGAGUAUGGAUUUCAGUCCUGGCCUUCCUUCAGUACCAUUGAAAAGGUUUCCUCCCCUGAGGACUGGUCCUACACAAGCAAUUUUUCUCUCCAUCGGCAGCACCAUGAAGGUGGCAAUAUUCAGAUGCUUCAAGAGAUUGGGCGUCAUUUCAAACUUCCCCAGUGCCCAGAUCCUGUAAAGCAGUUCAAGGAUAUGAUUUACCUCACUCAGGUGAUGCAGGCUCAGUGUAUAAAGACAGAAACUGAAUUCUAUCGUUUUAGUCAAAGUGAAAUAAUCAAUGGAGAAGGACACACCAUGGGAGCUCUGUACUGGCAACUCAAUGACAUUUGGCAGGCACCUUCGUGGGCUUCCUUGGAGUAUGGUGGUAAGUGGAAACUGCUCCAUUAUUUUGCCCAGAACUUCUUUGCACCACUGCUGCCUGUGGCCUAUGAAGACAAAGGGAUGUUGCACAUUUAUGGUGUCUCAGAUCUUCAUGAGGACCACAAGUUAACUUUGAGGGUCACAGUGCACGCCUGGAGCUCUUUGGAGCCCGUGUGCACCCUUGCCAAAGAAGGUGUGACUGUUCAAGCACAGAGUGCUGUCCCCAUCUACAAGGAGCCCAUCUGUGACCUUCUGGGAAGAUGCAGAAAUUGUACCAGGGAAAGCUGUGUGAUUACUUUCUGUCUCGUGGGAGAAGAUGGGCUCCAGAGUCCUAGGAACCAUUACUUCCUUUCAUCAUUCAAGGAUGCUGUGGGAUUAGAGAAGACCCAGCUUAGUGCCUCUGUGUCCCAACAAGAUGGCAUUUAUAUAUUUGUUCUUCAGACCACUGCAAUUGCUCCUUUUGUUACUUUGGAUGUAGGGAGUAUAAAAGGCAGAUUUAGUGAUAAUGGUUUCCUUAUGACUGAAAAGAAGAAAACAGUUGUGUUUUAUCCUUGGGAACCUACUAGUGUUGAAGAGCUAAAAAGUUCACUAAUCUUGACCUCUCUACUGGAUGUUGUCUGAGAAUACUUAAUUUCAUUCUAGAUAAAGAGUGAAACAGGAGGAGAAAUAAAAAUUAGAAGAAUUUCAUUGAAA